AUUGUCUCUUCCGCCCUCCCGAAUCACCCAAAGUUUCGGAUAAACUUUCCGAUCUAUCACGAUCUAGAAUUCCUGUUCAUCCACCAUGGUUUUCGAAAUGAAUGUUUCUGACGCUGCCGCAGUACCUCAACUCCUCUAUACUCGUAACGAAGCUUGGGCCGCUGACAUCGUCAAUCAUCCAUACACGGCGGACUUCUUUCCCAGGCAUGCGGAGGGACAGUCACCCAAGAUUCUCUGGAUCGGUUGCUCCGAUUCUAGAGUUCCCGAAACCGUGCUCACAAAACUUGCACCAGGCGACAUCUUUGUCCAUCGAAACAUCGCGAAUCAGUUCCACGCUUCAGAGCUUGAUCUUUCCGCCCACGCUGCCCUAGACUAUGCCGUGAAGCAUCUCCAUGUUCAACAUGUCGCAAUCGUGGGCCACACCCACUGCGGCGGUAUCCAAGCCGCCUACAACCGCGCUACCGAGGGGCUGCCUGGCCACGUCACCAUCGACAGUGUAAAGCAGAAGGCCAAAAAAGACUUCAAAUUUCAACACGACCACCGUCACCUCCUUCCCGCCGAGUUCGUGGAAGACGACCCAAUCAUCACCUGGCUCACGCCCUUAACCAACCUGGCCCGUGAACUCGAUUACGGUGUGGACCCAAAUCAUCACGAAGAGCACCCUCUGCCUUCCGUGACACUGCUUACGGACGAGAACGUGAAGCUGCAGGUGAAGAAUUUGGUGAGCACUUUUCCGAAGGGAGAUGCGGUGGGUGGCGUGGAGCAGGCGGUUUGGGUGCAUGGAUGGGUUUAUGACGUUGAGACAGGGAGGUUAAGGGACCUUGAGGUUACGGAGAAGUGCGUUGCAUACGUGAAACCAAAAGAGGAUGCAAAGUAAGGGGCUCAGACAUCAAUCUGUGGCGCACGGCUCGUGGCUUACUAGUAUGCUAUCCCCCGAGCCUACGUCUGAGUUUAAGCUUCACCGUUGGAUAAUUCUAUUUGCCUAGAGUGUGGCUCCCUCGACUGAUAUUCCUCAUGAUCUCUGGCCUCCGUCACAGGUGUACUCGAUGACUCCACAAACCACCUUGUCCCAGAGCAUCCUCGCAUUGCAGCAUCCACGAUUUGUGCAAGAUUUUGCCUCACGC